UUUCAGUAUAUGGGUGUGGUUUGUGAAAUCACCAUUUAAGAGUCUUUGAAAAACAUCAAAGUAGAUUGAAAUAUUCUAUAGAAAUGGUUAGUGUAUCAAAACUAUUAAUACGACUGAUUGUGAUAUUGAGUGGCAUAGUUAAUGUUUGGUGUGGGCAUAAAUUUUCUUGUGGAUAUACAAACUAUCAAGGAAGUCGAGUUAUAAGCGGUGUAAAUGCCAAAAAUGGAGCCUGGCCGUGGCAGGUAUUAUUAUCGUACAAUCAAAGUCCGUUUUGUGGUGGAGCUAUAAUUAAUCCAUUAUGGAUUGUCACUGCUUCUCAUUGCUUAAUAAGAUCAGAACCCUUACAAGUUAAAAACCUAGAUGUCGUGGUUGGUGCAACAAAUUUUUUACAGUUAGAACCAUCUCGUAAUGUUUAUCGAAUUGCAAAAGCAAUUACACAUCCAGUGUUUUCAAUGUCGCAUUUAGAAAACGACAUCGCACUCUUAAAACUGCAGAAGCCACUUCUGUUUAACAACUAUAUUCGCCCUGUGUGUUUACCAUCGUUGCCACCUCAUGCUAAAUCUAAAUGCGUUGUGACAGGUUGGGGUCGAAAGAGCCGAGAUUAUAAUUCCACAAUGUUUCCGAUUCUACAACAAGCUGAAAUGCCUAUAGUUAACCGAAGCGUGUGUUCCAUUGCAAUGAAGCGUCAUGCUACGUACAACAUCACUUCAACAAGUUUGUGUGCUGGAUACGGAAAUGCAACUCAAAGUGCUUGUCAUGGAGACAGUGGCGGCCCAUUUGUUUGUUAUCAAAAUAAUCGGUGGGAAUUGCAAGGAGUAGUAAGUUGGGGAUCUGAUAACUGCAGUGAAUUGCAUGACCAGUACUCAAUUUUUGCAAACCUUUUUAAAUUGAAAGAUUGGGUUUUGAAGACAAUAUCAAAGAACUAGUUUUUACAUUUAAGUUAAACAAAUUAUAAGCUUUAAAAUGAUAAUAAUUUAAA